AUGGUGGACUGCAUUGACUGUGCUCAAAUCAUCAGGCAGAGCAGCUCUCGGGGCAGACCCUCACAGCAGGACCAUCCCACGGACAGCACCCCCGCCUGGGCUCAGGUCAAGACUCUCCUGGUCCAGUCUUUGGUGUGUCUUUGGGUCGGGACCAGAGGAGGUCACAUGAUCCUCGUGGAGCUCAGUAAGAACCAGGCUCUGCAAGUUCUGGGGCCGCACUGCCAGUCUGUGCGCUGCAUCGUCCCAUCCAACAGCGAAAGCACUUAAAAAAGGGAUCUGCCCAAAGUGGAUCAACGCACAAAACCUUACCUCAUAUCCUCAACAAAACCAAC